AUGCCCAACGUUCCUAGGGGUCGGACCCGGAGGCCGAAGACAUCGAGGAGAGCAUCAAGGAAGAAGGGCAGCAAGGAUAUGGAACCCCAGGAGAAGGAAAAGAAGGACCAGGAAGAAAAGAAACACAAGGUCCAAGAACAGGAGCAAGAGGGAGAGGUCCGGGACGAUCGGUCCGAGAACCCGGACUCGGAGGACGAGGGCAGACUGAGCAGCGAGGGUGAGCCCUAG